GUUAGUAUUGCUGCGACUCGCAAUCGAAUUUUAACAGAGUGCAAAAUAUAUUGGAAUUUUCAAAAAUGUCUGGAACAUUACCGGCCACCUAUGUGAAGGGUUUCCACGAUGAGGCGAAGGUGCGCCGCAUGGAAUAUCGCAAUCUCGGAAAGACGGGCCUGGAGGUCUCGAAAGUCUCUUUCGGCGGCGGCGCCCUGUGCGCCAACUACGGCUUUGAUCUGGAGGAGGGAAUCCAGACAGUGCAUGAAGCGCUGAAGUCGGGCAUCAAUUACAUUGAUACCGCCCCCUGGUACGGUCAGGGUCGCUCUGAGGAGGUCCUCGGUUUGGCUCUGAAGAGCAUACCUCGGGAAUCGUACUACAUCGCCACCAAAGUGGCUCGCUAUGAUCUCGACUACGAGAAUAUGUUCGACUUUAGCGCGAAAAAGACUAGAGAAAGUGUGGAGAAAAGUCUUAAACUUCUGGGUCUGGACUACGUGGAUGUUAUUCAGAUUCACGACAUCGAGUUUGCCAAGGAUCUGGACAUUGUCAUUAACGAGACAUUGCCAACUCUGGAGCAGCUGGUCAAGGAGGGCAAGGCCAGGUUCAUUGGAGUGUCUGCCUAUCCGAUUUCGGUGCUUAAGGAGUGCCUAACCCGAGCGGCAGGAAGAUUCCACACGGUUCUCACCUAUGCCAGAUACACCCUGACCGAUGAAACGCUCUUGGAGUACCUGGACUUCUUCAAGUCCCAGAACUUGGGAGUCAUCUGUGCUGCGGCCCACGCCCUUGGCCUGCUGACCAAUGGUGGACCCCAGCCCUGGCAUCCGGCCAGCGAUGAUCAGAAGGCCAUUGCCCGGAAGGCAUCGGAGAUCUGCAAGGAACGCGGGGUGGAGCUGGGCAAACUGGCCAUGUUCUACACGAUGAAGGGACUGCCGGAGGUGAGCACCUUCCUCACGGGCAUGCAGACUCGCCAGUUGCUGCAGAUCAACCUGGAGGCAUUCGAACUGGGCCUCAGCGAUAAGGAGCAGGAAGUGCUGCAGUAUCUAAAAGAAAAUGUUUUGACCAAACCAUUCGAUUGGGAGGGCAACGAACUGAAGGUAUAUUGGGCUGCCUUGAAGAAGAAGUAAUAAAGCAGAUUUACAAAAAAAAUGAACGAGAUAAAUAAAGAUUUUUAAACUAAA